AUGAAUAUCACCAAUAGAAUCCCUGAGUUCAAAAUUAUUUUUGUCGGUGAUGCAAGCGUUGGAAAGACAAGUGUAAUCAUGAGAUAUCAACAUAAUUUGUUUACAAGUGAAUUUCAAAGCACUGUUGGCGUUGCAUUUGUCACAAAACAGGUCACGACAAGUUUUGGAGCAGCAACACUGAACAUAUGGGAUACAGCUGGCCAAGAGAGAUACAAAAGUUUAGUUCCUAUGUACUCAAGAAGCGCUACUGCUGCUGUUAUCGUGUUUGACGUCAAUGAUGACCAGAGUUUUAAGUCUCUUCCUCAAUGGUUGGAACAGUUGAAGCAAGGACUGCCUGCAAACUGCACUUUAUUCCUCGUUGGCAAUAAAAUCGAUUUACAACCAGAUUAUGAACGAGCUGAAGCAAUUGAAUUUGCUGAGCAGAACCACUUACGCAUAUUCUUUGUUUCUGCACUCACAGGAGCUGGUGUACAGGAGUUAUUCAACGAUAUUAUCCAAACAAUUCCUUCAAAGAAAUAUAACGCUACAACAGAAACAAUUCCAGUCGAAGGUUCAAAUAACAGCUCAGGCUGCUGCUAA